AUGGUUGCCCCUACCGCUGUGAAACAAUCUGCUAUCAGUUCAGAGGAGAUUGCCGGAACAUCUAAUCUAAAUUCCAGAAUUUUGAAUGGUGACAACCAGCAAAAGAUUGACGACGACGAUGAUGAUGAAAUUCUCGUUGAUGCUCAAGAAGAAGAAACAGUGGAGAGCGAAAAGAAAAACGAGUCAAAGGGAGUAAUUUUAGAUGAACAAGGAAAGCCUCGCUUCUCAUCUGCAGCUUUAGCCAAGGAGACAAAAGUGAAGCCCGAAUCGAGAAAAGUUGCAGUUCCUCCACAUAGAAUGACUCCCUUGAGAAACAACUGGACAAAAAUUUAUCCCCCAUUGGUGGACCACCUGAAACUGCAAGUUCGUAUGAACCUCAAAACUAAAUCUGUUGAACUGAGAACCCAUCCUAAACACACGACGGAUCCAGGUGCCCUGCAGAAAGGUGCUGAUUUUAUCAAGGCUUUCACUUUGGGCUUUGACCUGGAUGAUUCCAUUGCAUUGCUAAGACUUGAUGACCUGUAUAUCGAAACUUUCGAAAUAAAGGACGUGAAAACUUUAACAGGAGACCACUUGUCAAGAGCUAUCGGGCGUAUUGCUGGUAAGGACGGUAAAACAAAGUUUGCCAUCGAGAACGCCACAAGAACAAGAAUUGUGCUUGCUGAUUCCAAAAUCCAUAUUCUAGGUGGGUUCACGCACAUUAGAAUGGCUCGUGAGGCUGUCGUGAGCUUGAUUUUAGGUUCUCCUCCAGGAAAAGUUUACGGCAAUCUACGUACUGUUGCAUCUAGGCUGAAGGAACGCUAUUAG